AUGGCGCAAGUUAGCAUCUCCGGAGCCUUCUUCUUCGUCCAGAUGCUGGUCUUGGCUGCGAUGGUCUCGGCUCAGGAGAGCGCCCCGGCGCCUUCCCCGAUGGAUGCCGGAGCGGCUUACUCUUCGCCUGCAAACAGCGUCGUUGUCGGAGCAUCGCUUCUGGUCUCAUUUUGCGCCUUGUUCAAACGCUACCUGAAUUAA